AUGGCCACGUUUGUCAUGCAAGCCCUCGGCUGCGAGGUGUCGGCCAUAAACACGGUACAAUUCAGCAACCACACGGGAUACAAGCAGUUCAAAGGACGCAAGACUCCUGCCGAAGAAGUCACCGAGCUGUACGAGGGUCUGAAGCAGUCGCACCUCAACGACUUUGAUGUGCUCUUGUCUGGCUACUGUCCCAGUGCUGGAGUCGUGCAACAGGUUGGCAAGAUAGCACGCGAGACCAGGUUUGCAUCGACGACAAAGCCCGGUGCCUUCUUCUGGGUGCUCGACCCUGUCAUGGGCGACGAAGGCAAGAUCUACGUCAGCGAAGAAGUAGUGCCGGCGUACAAGAGCCUGCUGAGAGAUGCCGAUCUCAUUCUGCCCAACCAGUUUGAAGCAGAACUGCUCUCGGGAGUCACCAUCACAGACUUCAAGUCUCUUGCUGAGGCUAUUCGUGUACUCCACCGCUCGCAUCGCGUACCGCACAUCAUAAUCACAUCCGUCCGACUUCCUCACGACACUGAGCAAGGAGACGAGCCCGAGCUUUCAAUCGUAGGAUCCACUGCCGAUUCCGACUUCAACCCUCGGUUGUUCCGCCUAAAAGUGCCUGCUUUCCCCGUCUUCUUCUCUGGUACUGGCGAUAUGUUUGCCGCCUUGAUAGUGGCAAGGUUACGGGAAGCAUGUCUUGCUGCCGACCUUUUGACCACGGCACAUUGGCAGUCGCCAGACGAUGUUGCAGCAACGGAACUGCCUUUGGCAAAAGCUGCCGAAAAAGUGCUUGCAAGCAUGCACUUGGUGCUCAAGAAGACCAUGGACUCACGGCAGGAAGAAUUGGAAAAAAUGACACGUGCUCAAGAAUUCAACACUGGCAUUGGUGAAGAGGCGGACAAAGACAACGAACGCGAAAAGCAUCUACGAUUGACAAAGGCAGCCGAGGUCAGAGUUGUCAGGAAUUGGAAAGACUUGGUCUAUCCUCCAGACAUCGAGGCUUUCAAGGCGCAUGCUGUCAACGUCGAGCUAGACGCUAACCUCCCAAUCGAGCCCGAUGAACUUGGAGUAGUCAACAUGGGCACUGGUCAUGAGAUUGGACAAGGUGCUGUGCACCAAACUUGA